AUGGUUAAGCGCCGUACGAUUGAAGAUGAACAGCGUUAUGUCGGCGGGGAACCCGCAUACAAGCGCCCCAGAACCGAUGGCAAGGGCAAAGAGCGCGCCGCUGGUGGACACGACAGCGACAUGGACGAAGACGACGAGGAGGUUGCUCAGCUGCAGGAGCCCAACGAGGACGAGGAGAAGAAGUUUGAAGAGGAGCACGAGGAGCGGAUCCGCGAGCGGCUGAUGAACAAGUCGAAGGCGCAGGGCGGGCACAACGGUAGUGGAAAGAGUGCCGCGCUCUCGGCCUUGACCGUCGCCCUCGGAGGCAAGGCCACAUCGACUGGUCGUGGGAGUGGAUUGAAGUCUUUCAUUCGAGAGGGUCAAAGCGUCGCGGAGGUUACCGUCGUGCUCAAGAACCAGGGCGAAGAGGCUUAUCAGCCUGACAAAUACGGCUCGAGUAUUUUCAUCACUCGUCGCUUUACCAAGGACGGCAGCUCUUCGUACAAGCUCAGGGGCAAGGAUGGCAAGACGAUCUCGCAGAAACGUGAGGACUUGCAAGCAAUCUGUGAUCACAUGAAUAUCCAAGUCGACAACCCUAUGAACAUCUUGACGCAAGAUUCCGCCAGGCAAUUCCUUGCGUCAGCAACCCCCGCGGACAAGUACAAGUUCUUCUUAAAAGGAACGCAGCUCAGUCAGCUCAGUGAAGAAUACCAAACGUGCAUGGAGAAUAUCAGUCAGACUGCCAAGAUCCUCAAGCGGAAGGCAGAAGUCCUUCCCGGUCUAGAAGAUUCGUACGAAGAAGCUCGCACGAGAUACGAGGAGGCGAAGAAGGCCCGUGAGCAGCGACACAAGGCGGACGAGCUCAAGAAGGAACUUGCCUGGGCACAUGUUGCUACGAAGGAGGCGGAAUUGCAAAAGCAGCUUGUGGAAGUUGAGAAGGCCAAACACAAAGCGGCGAAGCAACAGGAGAGUCUCACGGCGGCGCAAGCCAAAUUAGAGGCGAUAGAAGAAGAGGUGAUCGAGAAAGAGAGGGAGAUGGAAGAGUAUGGCACUGCCGAGCAGCUUGAAGAUCAGAAACGCGAGGCUACGAAGAAGCGUAGAGAGUUGCAGGCCCAGCUCAGCCAAUUCUCGACCUCUGAGAACCAGAUACAACAGUCGAAGAGCGGACUUGACAAACAGAUUAAGGGCUAUGAGCUGGAGAUCGCGCAAGAGCAGAAGCGAGUUGAGAGCCACUCGCGCGGGAAGCGUGACCAUGUCAACGCUCAGCUCACGGAAACAAACGCGCUUCUUGCAGCCAAGCAAGCCGAAGAACAGACCCUUCAGCAAGAGCACAAAACCUGCAUUCAAGAGGCCGACGCCGCGAAACAAGAGUGCGACCGCCUCCAGCAGGACGUCGCGAGGCUCCAGCAGAAGAUCACCGAGUGCGACUAUCACAUCAACAAGGCUCGGGAGCUUGAGAAAGACAAGCUGUCCGUGUACGGUAAGAACAUGGAAGCUGUUGUCGGGCAUAUCAAGACCUUGCGCUGGCACGGGCAACCUCCCAUCGGCCCAUUCGGGAAAUACGUCAAGGUCAAGGAUCCGCAGAAGUGGGGUCCAAUCUUGGCCGUCACCAUCGGCGCUCACAUGUCUUCGUUCGCCAUCACCGACGCAAGGGAUCGCCCCGCUCUGGCUGAAGUGCUCACAAAGUCUGGAAAUCGUCAUUGUCAGAUCAUCAUCUCUGCCCAAGACAUGUUCGACUACAGCCGUGGCGAGCCGCCUCCGGAGUAUCUGACAAUCCUUCGAGCGAUUGAGGUUACAGAGCCGAACACUGGCAGACCCUGGAACGCGAUCACCUCCGAUCACUUCCGUGUUGCUCGCACCCCGCCAAGUGACGGUCAAAGGGAAGGAGGCGCUCACUCGACCACAAUCCCAACACUCAAUCGAAACCACCCCCGCACCAUGCUCUUCCGCGCCACCAAUGCGCAGACAGAUGUCGCGCGCACUACCGAAGAGUUAAGCCGAGCCAACGCCGAACUCGUGGACGUCAACAGCAGGGUUCAGCAGCAGAGGCGAAAGUACGAUGAGCUCCGCGGGCGUGCACAACGUAUCGACAAUCAGAUGACUGGCCUGAAAAAGACUAUCCGCACGUACAAGUCGACCCUCACGACGCUCCAGGAGGAGUUGAACGAGGACCUGCCCGUGAACAUUCAAACUCUUCAAGAUGCCAUAUCACAAGCCCAACAGGAGCGGCAGAAUGUUCUCGAUCAGUACGCUCAGUUGGCCCGCGAAAAGGCCCAGGUCGAAGGCAAGAUCGCUCCAAUCAACCAAGAGCUCGACGAGAUUCGUCAGAGGCUAGCGCGACACAAUGAUGGAUUGGACGUACUCAGGAAAAAGGUGUCUGAUGCGGCGGUCGCCCGAAUGGAGGUCGAGAAAGGGGUCGGGCACUGGAAGGAAAAGAUUGCGCUAGCAGGGGCAAACGUUGCCGAUGCCGAGAAGCUUGCUGACGUCCACCAAGUGGAAUUCGAGCAAUGGACGAAGAAGGCGCUUGAGUACUGUGAGCGUGUCGAGAAUCCACGGAUGCCGGAUGUUGUGCAGCGCAAUCUGCAAGCCGUGCAAGCGGCGCUGAAGGAGCGCGAGAAGCGUCAGGGCGCGACUGUCGAAGAGAUCGCGGAAGAGAUGACGAGGAAGAAGAACGCGUUCGACGUCGCCAUGAAGGAGCUGAAGGGCCUGAUGCAGCUCAACAAGGCUCUCAAGAAAUCGGUCAAGGUCCGCCUCGCCCGCUGGCACGAGUUCCGUCGCCACAUCGCGCUGCGAUGCAAGGUGUACUUUGGCUACCACCUGUCCAACCGUGGUUACUUUGGGAAGGUCCUCUUCGACCACGUCGCAGGCACACUCGACAUUCGCGUCAACACCGACGAUCAGGCCCUCACCCAGCAGAGCACGCGGGAGAAGGACGCGAAGUCUUUGAGCGGCGGCGAGAAGUCAUUCUCCACCAUCUGUCUCCUUCUGUCUUUGUGGGAGUCCAUUGGCUGCCCGAUCCGAUGCUUGGAUGAGUUCGAUGUGUACAUGGACGCAGCCAACCGUCGCGUUACGAUGAAGAUGAUGAUCGACAUGGCGAACACAUCGAAUCGCAAGCAGUACAUCCUCAUCACGCCGCAGGACAUGUCUCAUAUCAGCUUCGGUAACUCUGUGCGGGUGCACCGGAUGUCCGACCCCGAGCGCGGCCAGGGGACUCUCGCAUUUGGGGGUUCCUGA